ACCAAAAUCCAAAUCCAAACUCAAAUCACUUGUUCUUGUUGUUGUUGGAGGCUGUCUAAAUAAUAAAACCCUUCACAUUCUCACUCUUCCCCUCUCGCUUCUCUCUUCCACUCUCUACCCUUAAACCUAACCCAACGACGUCGUUUCACCCUCCCAAUUUUCAAAACCCACCACCGUGUCAAUGUCGGCCACUGGCGGAACCCGCAACCGCAAUCGCCAUGUCGGCGACGACCGUUUCUACAGCCCGCCACCGUUGCGGAAACACAAAGAAAAGCCCGACGACCAACACCACCACCAGCAACAACACAAGCGGUCUUCGCUCUCCAGAACUUCAUCGGAGAACCGCCCUGGCUCCUCCUCCGAUUGCUCGAUUUCUUCUCGGGCCACAUCUGACAUCUCCAAUUUGGAUCGAUUUUUGGAGUACAUCACUCCACAUGUUCCCGCCCAGUACCCUGCUAAGACAAGCUCGAGGAGAUGGAAAACGAAGGAGGCGGAACUACAACCAUAUUUUGUACUUGGGGACUUGUGGGAGUCGUUUAAGGAGUGGAGUGCAUAUGGGGCAGGUGUUCCUCUGGUGUUGAACGGGAGUGAAUCCGUGACACAGUAUUACAAUGUCUCCUUGUCUGCCAUUCAGCUGUAUAUCGAUCCAUCAAAACCUUCCUCCCGGUUAAGGAAACCCAGUCAAGAAAGUGACUCUGAAUCUGCUAGAGAGACAAGCAGUGAUAGCAGCAGUGGCUAUUGUCAUGAAAGAGGAGCAAAGAGUGUUCAUGGAAGUAGAAAUCAUCACAACAUUUUGGAGGCAAACAAUCAUGCUUUAGAAAGGGUCUCACUAGGUAAACCUUUGAUGGGUUCAGCAAAUGAUGAGACUGAGAUCAGCGACCCACCUGGACAGCUUAUAUUUGAAUACUUUGAGCAUGAGUCACCUUAUGCUCGUGAGCCAUUAGCCGAUAAGAUCUCUGAACUUGCGCGUCAAUUUCCAGAGUUGAAAACAUACUGGAGCUGUGAUCUUUCGCCUGCAAGUUGGAUUUCGUUGGCUUGGUACCCGAUAUAUAGAAUACCUACUGGUCCAACCCUACAGAGCUUGAAUGCCUGCUUCCUGACCUUCCAUUCUCUGUCAACAGCUUUACAAAGUUCAAAUACUGAUGGGCUUCAUAUUCAUUAUUCAAGAGGUCGGGAAAGAUCAUCAAAGAUAUCAUUACCAAUCUUUGGGCUUGCCCAUAACAAGUUUAAAAUUUCUGUAUGGGAUCCUGAGGGAGUUCCUGAAUGUCAGAAAGCCAAUUCUCUGUCACGAGCUGCUGAGAACUGGCUUAGGCUACUGCGAGUUAAUCAUCCUGAUUACAAUUUUUUCAUGACCCAUUAUACAUAUUUGAGAUGAACAGAGUGCAGGCAAUGCUGACAUCUUGAACCCCAGUAUACUCUUCCUUAUGGUAAGAUGUUAUUAUUCUACAGGAUUUGCUACGACUUACUAGCUUAUCCAGAAGUGUUGGUCAUUAUUACUCAUGACACUUCUUUCUCUUAUGAAAUAUGGAUUGUCAUAAGCAAGAAUGUAUGGUUUUAAUUGAAGGGUAUUUGGGAUGUUAAUUCAAAUGGGAGAUAGUCUACAGUGUUGAAAUAUUAAUUGGGAUUUUAGCUGUUGAAAUUGUAUUAUUUUGUAGUCAGGAAUAGUCCUUAACAUAGAUAAACGAUGCAUUUUUUUGUUACA